GCCGGAAGUCCCGCCUGCCGCGUAGUCGCCGCCGCUGCUGUUGCCGCCGUCGUUGUUGUUGUAGUCCGUGAGCUGAACACCUCGGCUCCGAGAGCCGUCUCCGUCCCCUUCUCGCCGCCGCCAUGAAGUGGAUGUUCAAGGAGGAUCACUCGUUGGAACACAGAUGCGUGGAAUCCGCGAAAAUCCGAGCGAAAUAUCCCGACCGGGUUCCGGUGAUUGUGGAAAAAGUCUCUGGCUCUCAGAUUGUUGACAUUGACAAACGGAAGUACCUGGUUCCAUCUGACAUCACUGUGGCUCAGUUCAUGUGGAUCAUCAGGAAAAGAAUCCAGCUUCCUUCUGAAAAGGCAAUCUUCCUCUUUGUGGAUAAGACAGUCCCACAGUCCAGCCUAACUAUGGGACAGCUUUACGAAAAGGAAAAAGAUGAAGAUGGAUUCUUGUACGUGGCCUACAGCGGAGAGAACACUUUUGGCUUCUGAGGGCCAGCGCUAGGCUAGGUGCACCGUUCCCGUUUGUGUAUCUUGUAAAUAGCCAGCCAUUUUCAGUUAUUACACCAGACCCUCUUGACAUAGACCUAUUAGUGCAUUUGUAACUGGAUUUAUUUCUUAAUAUAUUGGAAGGUUUUGUUUCCUUAGAUUAGUAAAUUAUCAUAGUUUUAUUUUGAAUUUUUCUUUUUGUGCAUUGUCCUCAUGGCUAUACUAUCAAGGGAACCUGUUUCUCUGGGAAUCAUAUUUAAUGAAGAUAUUUCCACACUGAAGUGAGGUAGGUGGGGUAUUAAAGUGAAAAGGAGGGAGAUGAUGCAUUUAUUCUGGAUUAUGUUUGAAGUGUUAGAAGUGUUAGAUGGCUAAGUAUUAAAAGCAUCCAAAUUAAAUCCUUAGCAAUCAGAACACUUGCUUCACUAGAUUUUUGCCAACUGCCAAUCAUGUUGGACUGAGCUAAUCUGUUCCUCUUUCUGAAACUGUUAAGGUAAAUAAUUAACAAUAAAACUUGCUCUUGUAAAGGCA